UAUAUAUAUAUUUGAAGUAGACCUGCUAAGAGUUUACUACACAUCAAGUUCUUCCCCCCAGAAAAACCUUCAUCUUCUUCUUCUUCUUCAUUCCUUUAUGUGUAUAACGAAAAUGGCGCUCCAUGUUGCAGAGAUUGAAUCAAAUCCUCCCCUAUCGCGAUCCUCGCGAUCUAAAACUUCAACAUCUAAACUCUCCGAUGCAAAUUCGUCUACCUCUUCCCCUUACAAGGAUUCCGAAUUCAUAUUCUCCAAUUCCACCAACAAGUUUUCUUCAGGUUCCUUUUCGAGCCUUCACGAAUCUCUUCCUGAAUCUCCUCGAAUCUUUGAUUUCUCUGAAAUUAACGCCGCCACAAAUAAUUUUCUGAACAAGCGAUACUCUGCCUCGUCCUCCACGCCUUCAUGGCGUUGCACGCUUCGUGGUAAGGAUGUCAUGAUCUUCCAACGCAAGUUUCAUCGCAAAAUAAAGCUCCAGGAAUUCAGAGAUCGCUUCUACGAGAUUUGUCGAAGUCACCACACGAGUAUAAUCGAACUUCUUGGCGCUUCAAUUUCUGGAGAAUAUCUCUAUUUGGUUUACAAUUUUGUAAAUGGAGCGAAUCUCUCCGAUUGUUUGAGAAAUUCCAGAAGCCCUAAUUUCACUGUUUUAUCCACUUGGAUUUCCAGAAUGCAAGUCGCUACAGAUUUGGCGCAAGGCCUCGAUUAUAUCCACAACAAAUCAGGACUAAACAUAAGCCUAUCGCAUAAUCACAUAAAGAGUAGCAGUAUUCUAGUAACAGAGCCUUUGUUUAACGCUAGGAUUUGUCACUUCGGUGCAGCGCAGCUCUGUAAUGAGGUUGAUUGGAACAAAACAGUUGAAAAACCGACGAAUUUGAGGUGUAAUGGCGAAAUUUCUACGGAUUCAAUGAAUAAAGUACAGAUAAAAGGGGUUAGAGGAUACAUGGCACCAGAGUACAAAUCCAGCGGCGUAGCAACUCCAAUGACCGACGUGUAUGCGUUCGGCGUGGUGAUUUUAGAGCUAUUGUCUGGAGAGGAGCCUUUGAAGUUCAAAUUUGACAGAAGAAAAGGCAAUUUCGUUAGGGUUUCUUUGAUCGAGAGCGCCAUGGCAGUAAUCGAAGGAGAUAAUGACGAGGAGCCUCAAGGCGGUGUAGCCCUAGAAGUAGGAGGAAGGUUGAGAAGGUGGGUGGACCGUAGGUUAAAGGACUCUUUUCCGAUACACGUGGCGGAGAAGGUCACGCGAUUGGCUAUUCAUUGUGUUGACGUGGAUCCAUCUAAGCGCCCUAAUAUGGCUCACGUGGCAAGCAAGAUUUCCAAGCUGUAUUUAGAAUCGAGAAUUUGGUCAAAUAAUCGGGCAAUUCCUGCCGGGUCGUCGGUUUCUCUAGCUCCUCGCUGAACCAGCUUGAUAUAGAUGU